UUUACAUUUUCAGUUGUCACAGGAGCAACAGAUGGAAUUGGGAAAGCUUAUGCAUUUGCUCUUGCAAAGAAAGGACUGAACAUUUUGCUUAUUAGCCGAUCUCGUGAAAAGUUGAUAGCUGUUGCAACAGAGAUACAAAAUAUCCAUAGAGUCUCCACAGAAUUUGUACAAGUAGAUUUCACAAUAUAUGACAACACUACCUAUUCUCCUAUAGCAGAAAAGUUAUCAAGUUUGGAUAUUGGAGUUCUUGUCAACAAUGUUGGAAUGAGUUACUCUUAUCCAGAGUACCUGCAUGAUGUGCCAAAUAAGGAAAAACUGUUCCUAAAUAUUAUAAACUGCAAUAUUGGUUCUGUAACUCAAAUGACACAGCUAGUCAUUCCUAGCAUGCUGAGCAAGGGAAGAGGUGUGAUAAUCAAUGUAUCAUCAACAGCAGCACUUAUUCCAAGCCCGUUGCUAACUGUAUAUGCAGCAUCUAAGGCAUACACAGAAAAAUUCUCGAGAGACCUUGCAGAUGAAUACCGGCACAAAGGUCUAGUAAUACAGUGUGUUUCACCUGGAUACGUGGCUACCAAAAUGAGCAAAAUUCGGAGACCAUCUCUCAUGGCACCAGAUGCCAAAAAAUAUGUUGACAGCGCUCUAAAAAAAGUGGGAGUGACAGAAAGUACAACUGGAUAUUUUCCACACAGUAUUCUGGUCUUUACUGUGAAGACAAUAAAUCUUAUCUGCCCACCACUUAUAACAUUUAUCAUCAAAAAUACACAACAUAAUAUACGCAGGAGGUUUUUAAAAAAGGGACUGACUUACUGA